AUGUAUCCUCAUCCAAACCAUAUCCCCCAACCUCCACAUUCUGCAGGUCUAAACUACAAAGGACUUCGACCGCGGAUCGAUCCAGGACAAGUACCAUCGCCCCUAGAUGCCAUUGAAAGCGACCGUUUGGCCUGGGUUGACAAAACCUACGGAACACUUCCUGGGACGCAUGCACCGCUGUGUACAUCUGACUUCGUAGCUGUGGACCAAGGGAAUGCUUCACCCAAAUUUGUGCGCGUCUCGACAUGGAAUAUGCCCAGCACCUCAAAGUUAGCAUCCGAUUGCAAAAUACCAAUAUCAGCAGUAUUCCAACCAUUCGCUCACGUUGACUUGCGCGAAGAACCGAUACCACUCGUUGAACCAGGUCCUUCAGGCCCUCCACGUUGUCAAAAGUGCAGGGCGUACAUCAAUCCUUCGUGCAGUUGGGUGGCGGGCGGUAUGAGGUGGAAGUGUAAUCUAUGUCGCCACGAAACUGAUGUUGCUUCGGAUUACUUUUGCAACUUGGAUCACAACAUGUACAGAUUGGAUCACCUCCAGCGACCAGAACUCAACAAAGGCACCGUUGACUUUGCCGUCCCAGAGGAAUAUUGGGCCCAAUACCCCCCUCCCAGAUUGACUAUGCCGUAUGCAUCCAAUGAGCCACAGCCGUCUGGAUCUAGGCCUCCCGCACCAAUGGAUUAUAUUUUUGCAUUCGACGUCACCAAUCAGGCAGUGGACACCGGAUUCUUGCAGUGUGCUUGUGAAUCGCUGAUGAACGUACUUUUCGGGUACACCUUAGAAGAUGGCACUGUAGUUGAACCUUCCAUCCCCGCGUCCAGUCGAAUCGCGAUUCUGACCUUCGACGAGACCUUGCAUUUUUACGACCUCUCUGUGCGAUCCAUUCUUCUCUCGUGGUCAGAUCUGAACUCGAUGAUGGUGGUGGCCGACCUCGACGAGGUGUUUGCGCCUAUUCGAACAGGUCUUUUCGUCUCCCCUGCCGAACGAGGCGACUCUAUCCGCGCGCUACUCGAGGCCUUGCCAAAACGAUUUUCUGAAUCUCCUGGGAGAAACUCUGCCCUUGGUCCCGCAAUUCGCAGCGGUUUGGCAGCCCUAUCCGGUCGUGGGGGGCACAUCAUCCUGUUCCAAACGAGUAUGGCCAACGUUGGGCCAGGAGCUCUCCCUCUACAACCUAACGAAGAUGCCCUCUACGAUACGGAAAAAGAAGUGACUAUGCAUAAGCCCCGGGAUAAGACUUGGUUGGAUAUUGCAGAGGAAUGUGUGGACGAGGGUGUUGGUGUCACAAUGUUUCUUGCGCCCAACUCGUAUAUGGAUGUUGGGUCUAUUGGCGCUGUUGCUUCUUAUACUGGCGGAGAAAUCUUUUUCCAUCCUCGUUAUGAUCCUGCGAGGGAUCGAGCGGUCAUGGAGUCUCAGCUUCAGCGAGUGAUACGGAGGAUGCAAGGGUUCAACUGUACUUUGAGAGUGCGGACUUGCAAUGGACUUCGUGUCUCAAGACAAUUUGGCAAUUUCCUCCAGCGAAACCCCACCGAUGUAGAGUUUGGAAUUCUCGACGCAGACAAGGCAAUAACAGUCGAGUUGGAACAUAGUGGAACACUCGAUCCACGGGGACAAGCCCAUUUACAAUGUGCGGUUCUCUACACGUCCGUAGAGGGUCAGCGGAGAGUCCGGGUCAUCAAUCUCUCCUUGAAUGUCGUCGAACUCGCGGGUAAUGUCUUCCAAUACGCCGACAUGGAGACCACUCUCGGCUACUUUGCGAGGGAAGGUGUGUCGCGGCUGGUUUGUGUUCGAGACCUGCGCUCAUAUCUGCGUUUUAGCGAUGUCCAAACUUCCCCAGCAACGGAUGGUGAUAACGAGGGACGAGUUGACAGAGAAAUGCGCGUCGAUAUUGCUGGGUUAUCGCACUCAAUGUGCAUCGGCGACGCGAGUAACUCAGCCUUCCGUGCCCUUCCCGCAUUCAUCCUCGCACUUCAAAAAACCAAACCCCUCAAGGCUCGCCACGUUUCAUCCGACGUUCGAAACUACGAAAUCCACAAGUUGAUGGCGAUGGACCUGCGGAGCCUCAUUUACCGCAUAUAUCCUCGAUUAUUGGCGCUACACGAUCUCGACCAAACGAUAGCUUUGCCUCAGGAGCGCAAAGCGGAGGAUGGGUCCCUCUUCACCACGAUAUCGUACCCGUCAUGCACUAGAGCUAGUCACUAUUUCAUGGAGUCUGGUGGGAUUUAUCUCAUCGAUAAUGAAGAGGUUAUGAUCUUCUGGGUUGGGACCGGCGUUUCUCCUCAGCUGUUGCAAGAUCUGUUUGGCGUGGACGAUUUCAUGCAACUCUCUCCCCACACGCACUACCUCCCAACCUUGGACAGUGUGCUUUCCCGCCAAGUGAACAACAUCCUCAAUGAUCGUUAUGCCCGGCGAGGGCGCUUGCCAAAGAUGUAUAUCGCGAGGCAAAAUACAGAUGGGACAGAAAUUGAGUUCAGCGAUAUGCUGGUCGAAGACCAGAACAAUGGCGCAAUGUCAUACCUCGAUUAUCUGGCAGUCCUCCAUAAACAAAUAACGAAUGUGCUCAACGGUAACGGAUCGUUCGGCAGUGCCAGUCUCAGAAGUUCUCCCUGGUAG